CCAAUUAGGCGGUGUUGAUGAUAACAGUGUCGAGUUGGGUGCGGGUGGGGAGGGAUACCGGGUGAUGAGCGAGAAGAUGCGAGAGGGUACCGGGCCACCGGUGGCCCACGUCCUAAAUUACGAGAGCUUAGUGCACGCCGUGGCCGGGGCUGCGGGGGGUUUGACCGCGAUGACCGUAUUUUACCCGCUGGACACCGCGCGCUUGAGGCUUCAAGUGGACGAGAAGAUGAAGGCGAAAUCGACCCCCGUUGUCUUGGGCGAGAUCAUCAAGGAGGAAGGACUGUCGGCGGUGUACCGCGGCUGGUUCUCCGUCAUCUCCAGCCUCUGCUGUUCCAACUUCGUCUACUUCUACACCUUCAACACCCUGAAGGAGACCUGGGCGAGAGGCCAGCCCCCUUCCAACAGCAAGGACCUCGUCAUGGGCUUUAUCUCUGGUGUGGUCAACGUGCUGGUCACCACUCCGCUCUGGGUGGUCAAUACCCGGCUCAAGAUGCAGGGGGCGGCGUUCCGCAACGAGGACAUCCAGCAAACCAACUACAAAGGCAUGCUGGAUGCAGUGACGCAGAUCGUGCAGACGGAGGGGGUGCCGGCACUGUGGAGUAGCACUUUCCCCUCUCUCCUUCUUGUCUUCAACCCCGCCAUCCAGUUCAUGUUCUACGAGGGCCUGAAGCGGCAGCUGAUGAAGGGGCGGACUGAGCUCCUCUCUCUCGAGGUCUUCAUUAUCGGAGCCAUUGCCAAGGCAAUUGCCACCACGUUAACGUACCCGCUACAGACUGUGCAGUCCUUACUUCGGUUCAGCCAGCGGAAGAUGGAGCGAGGGAGAGGGAUUCUGGGAAGUCUCCGAAGCAUCUUCUACCUCUUGAGUCAGAGAGUGAAGAGGCAGGGUUUCCAGGGUCUCUACAAGGGCCUGGAGGCCAAGCUGCUGCAGACAGUCCUGACCUCUGCCCUGAUGUUCCUCAUCUACGAGAAGAUCGCGGGCUUCAUUUUCCGAAUCAUGGGAGUGGCCCCUCGUGUGAAAAACUAGCGAGUGAACGAGCUACCUCAGGGACACGGUCGCCUCACCACCCGUCUCGCCCUCUCGCCCUCGCCAGGACCUCGGCCGGGUGUCACAUGAGAGGAAGACCAAAGGGUAAACCCGUGGGGUUCACGGACGACCCGCUUUGACAGGGAGUUGCCUUCGGUUGAGGUCAAACAUGUUGGCAUUUAUUAAAAUGAACGUUCGGCUUUGCUGCCUCACCAGA